AUGUUAUUUCAGAGUUUAAUUGCUACAGGAUUAUUUGUAUCAGCUUUGGCUGCACCAGCACCUUUCCAAUUUAAAAUCGUUACUUCUAACGUUAGAUAUGAUGCUAAUGCCGAUAGAAGAUUUGCCCAUGAAAAGCCAUGGGGUGAUAGAAAAGUUGGACAAAUUCAAACCUUAGGAUUAGAAAGUUGUGAUGGUCCAACUUUGAUUGGAUUACAAGAAGUUAAAAAUAAUCAACUUAAUGAUGUGAUUUCUGGUUUAAAUAAUGAUACUGGUAAAUCAUGGACUUAUUAUGGUAUUGGAAGAGAUGAUGGUAAAACCGCUGGUGAAUAUGCUGCUAUCUUAUAUGAUAAUGAUGAAUGGCAAUUAAUUAAUGGUACCUCAAAAUGGUUGAGUACCACUCCAGAUCAACCAUCCAGAUCUUGGAAUGCUGGGAACAACAGGAUUGUUUCUAUCACUGAAAUGCAACAUAAAUCAUCAGGUAUUCAUAUUAAUUAUUUAAACACUCAUUUUGAUGAUAAAUCUGAAGAAGCUAGACAACAUUCAAGUGAAUUGAUCGCUCAAUGGAUUUCUGAAAUCCCUAACGAUUACCAAACUUUCCUUACUGGAGAUUUCAAUGCUCAAUCUAACGAUGCAAGUUAUCAAACUAUUGUUAAAUCAAUGGAUGAUUCAAGAGAAAUCGCUAACGAGAAAUUGUCGCUUUUAGAUACCUACACAGGAUUCGAACCAUCAGAUGCUUCAUCAAUAAUCGAUUUUAUUUGGGUUCCAAAAGGUUCUAAUAGUCAAGGUUCCAAAGUUACUGUUCUCAACUAUAAAGUUGAUGAAUCAUUAACCCCACAAGGAUUUAGAUUUAGUGAUCAUAGACCAGUCGUUUCAAGAAUUCAACUCAAUUGA